AGGACUGCAAGAGUUUUUUAAAAUGAAAAACUGUCAUAGAUCUACUUUAUUACCGGUUAUAUUUUGGGGAAACGCUAAUAAAGUUGAAGAUUGCAUGGCUCAUGCUAGACAAAAGAAAGGAAUGGCAUUCAAUUUCAGUCCACUUGAUGGGAGGAAGUAUAGUAAAAGAUUUACCCCACCAUGUCAAGUAUUAGGUUGUCCCGAAAUUGCAAAAAGCUCAACUUUGAUAGAAGAUGUAGCGUUUGAUUAUUACAGCGUAUACGGAAACUGGUCAAUUACAGAAAAUAGUACCUGCAUUAAAAGUAUUGGAUUAUUCACUUUAUUACAUCAAAAACAAAAUUACACAAAAUCUAUCGACGCCUGUCAAAAAUUGGGAGCAGAUAUCGCAGACGUUACCUCCGAUAUCAGAACUAGGCGUUUAUCUGAGAUAAUUGAUAAUCUAAACGGUUGGUAUAACGUGGCCUAUGUAGGACUUGACGAUAUGUAUGAAGAAGGAAAUUUCGUUACUUCUUUUGAUGUUCCAUUGAAAUGCGUUCCUUUUAGAUCAUGGGCUCCGGGUCAUCCCAUAUCCGACACGAACAAACAUAAUUGUGUAGUUUUAGACGCUAAUCAACUUUGGAGAGUUGUAGAUUGUAGAAGGAAAUUUCCAGUAUUGUGUGAAUUACUACCUCAGAAGCCAAAGGAAGAUGGUUGUGAUAAAAUUCCUAAUAAAGAUGAAAGAAUAAGAUGUGUCACUAAAUUCAAGAACAAUAGCGAUUUUGUUAGGAAUUUAACAAGAAUUGAACAAUGCGCGAUUUGGAAUGCCGAAGAUAACUUUAAUAAAAACAAGAAAAAUAAAAUAAUUUCUGAAUUAAAUGGAUAUUUAGAAUAGAAUGAAGAAUACGUUUUCCGAGAUUUUUUAGCAAUAAUGUGACAUCCCUUUGUGACGAAUCUUCAUAAUGGUGGAGGGCGACACG